AUGGAGGGGACGGCAGGGACAGCAGGGACAGCAGGGACAGCAGGGACAGCAGGGACAGCAGGGACAGCCGCGGGCGGUGGCUGUGGCUCCGGGAACGGCACCGCCGGGGGUGACAGAGGGGACACCGCGGGUGACAGCGCGGGUGACACCGGGGAGCUCUCGGCCGCCUUCGUCACCUGCCCCAACCUCAGCGUGGCCACCGAGCUGGCCAGGUCCCUGGUGCAGCGCCGUUUGGCCGCCUGCGUGAACGUCAUCCCUGGAGUGACCUCGGUGUACACGUGGCAGGGCAAGCUGGAGGAGGACAGCGAGGUCCUGCUGAUGAUCAAGACCCGCAGCUCCCGGGUGCCGGCGCUGAGCGACUUCGUGCGGAGCCACCACCCGUACGAGGUGCCCGAGGUGGUGGCGCUGCCGGUGGCGCAGGGGAACCCCCCGUACCUGCGCUGGGUGCGCGACAGCGUGCCCCCCUGAACGGCCCAGAAACGGCCCGAAAACAGCCCAAAACACCCCAAAACCAGCCCCUGAGACACCCCAAAAACAGCCC